ACAAUGCAAGAAAAACCAGUAGGAAACCAUUCUUAUACUGACUUCAUUUUUAUUGGAUUUCCAGGAUUUUCUGAAUACAAGCCUUAUCUUUUCAUUCCUUUCUUUCUCAUGUUUCUAGUGGCUGUAGUUGGUAACUCUGUAAUAAUUUUUGUAAUCAAAACACAAACAAGUUUACAUUCCCCCAUGUACUUUUUAAUCUUUGCCAUUGCAAUUGUGGAUCUAAGUGCACCAAUAACAUUUGUCCCAAAUAUGUUCCUUAACCUUGUAUUGAACCUAAAUGGAAUUUCUCUGUACGGUUGUCUUGUCCAAAUGUUUUUUAUCCAUUUGAUAAGCACCUUUGAAUCAAUCAUACUUAUGAUGAUGGCUUUGGAUCGUUAUGUUGCCAUCUGUAACCCAUUGCGCUAUAAUGAUUACAUGAAUAGUUCUACUUUCUGUAAGCUAUCUGUUGCAUUCCUGAUAAGAAGUGGAUUAUUCAUUUCUGCCAUUGUCAUCCUUGCUAGUACUCUUUCAUUCUGUUUUUCAAAUGUUAUUGAGCAUUUCUAUUGUGAGCACAUGGCACUAGUUGGUUUGGCUUGUGGGGAGACAACCAAGAACAGCAUAAUGGGACUACUGACUAUUUUCUGUAUACCAGGUAUCGACCUUUUGUGCAUCUGCUAUUCAUAUAUUAACAUUUUCUGUGCAGUGCUUAAAUCUGCAUCAGGAAAAGCACGUCAAAAAGCAGUCCAUACCUGCGGCACUCAUUUGAUUGUCAUUCUUGUGACAUAUCUCUUAGCUUUGUGUUCAUAUCUUGCAUAUAGAAUAAGGAACUCCAUGUCCCCCGAUGUUCAUAUUCUAAUAAGUCUUUUAUACCUCCUUUUUCCAUGUUGUUUCAAUCCAAUUAUUUAUGGUGUCAGGACAAAAGAGAUAAGGGAACACAUUUUGAAAAUGGUUAAAGGAAAGAAAAUAGACCCAGAAAACAUUAAGGUAGCAAGUAUAACAAGGUAAUACAUUAAAGGAAAAGGGGAACUACUAUUGUUUUAACCAAUGUGUAUAAGACCCAGAAAACAAAAAAGAACCUGGUUUCUGGUAUGUGUGAGUCAACCUGAAUAAGAAAUUGAAUGUGCAAAUACUGUGCUGGAGCACCAUCAUGCGAGUACAAGUGGAGCAGGUGUACCUAUUGCCACCUCCCACCCACAGACAGACGCAGGCUCUGCACAGCGAAUGUGACUGGAGACUGAAUCACACCUUAAUGAAAGAGCUGCACAAUUGCACAAAGUGUAUAACCUGUGUAGUGUCACUGGUGCUCAGUACUACAAUACCUAGUCUGAAGAUUGGCUUAAACAGUGUGAGCCAACAAAGAGCGGUUACUUCUUAAAGACAUUGAUGUUUGAAUUUGUAAAGUCUUGUUUCUGUCCCCCAGAGACCACACUACCACCAACAAAAACAAAACAAAUAAACCCCCUGAAACCUGUGUCUUGAUCAUAA